AUGAGUAACUACUCCGCCACGCUUUCCGAUUUGGCAUCGCAGCUUUCUCAACUGGCUGCUUCAUCUUCCAGUGAUGCCGAGAAGACUAAAGCCGCCGUUACCAUUGCGCAGAAUGUCCUUGACUUAGCCAGAGGGCCGAAGCCAGACUGGAUGGACAGAAUGAUUAGCGUCAUGGAGGUAGUCGUUCUGAAACUCUUUUUAGAGUGGAAAAUAUUCGACCUUAUUCCUUUAGAUGACUCGAUAUCGUACACCAAUCUGGCCAGGAAGCUAGAAGCGGAGGUCUCGCUUAUCAAGCGCCUAUCUUGGGUUCUCAUAUCCUCUGGGAUCUUGAACCAGGUUGGCGAAGAUACAAUUGCGCACACUGAGAAGUCCAAGUCAUACCUUUCCGAGACACCCAGCGCGGUAUUGCUUCACAUGAUGCAAGUCACCAGGUUUCAUAUUUCGUCGAUGUUCGAUGAGCAUAUUGUCACAACUCUAAAGUUUCCGGAGUACUUUGCACAGUAUGGUCGGCGCGAGCCUGCAACUCGGACCCAUACGCCCUAUGCCUUCGCCUAUGGAAAGCCAGAGAAGGAGGUGUGGGAGCUCCACGAAGAGCACCCCGAGAAGGUCAAGAGAUUCAUGAAAGGAAUGGAGUUGGUGCAGCAAUUUAUACCACUAGAGGGCAUCUACGACUUCAGUUGGGUGGAAGCGAAGCUCUUGAAAGAGCACAACAGACCAAUUUUCGUUGACGUGGGUGGCAGCAAGGGGCAUGCCAUCAAAGCGAUUUUGAAGGAGAACACCUUUCUCCCUGCUGAGCGUGUGGUCCUGCAGGACCGAGACGACGUCAUUGAGCAAGUGACUGCACUGAAGGACCCUGAGCUUGAAAGGGUCAAGCUGCAGGUACACGAUUUCUAUACUGAGCAGCCUGUGAAGAACGCACUGAUCUAUUGGAUUCGCCGAUGCCUGCACGACUAUGGAGAUGAUGACAGUGUCAAAAUUCUCUCUCAACUUUCGGAUGCCAUGGGCUCAGACAGUAAGGUGCUAGUAGUCGAAUACGUCCUUCAGAGCCCUCCUACGUCUCUGGGCGCUAUGACGGACUUGUGCAUGAUGAACAUUGGCGGAAAGGAGCGAACGGCCGCCAGUUGGGAGGCAUUGGUGGCCCGGGCGGGCUUGAAAAUUGAGAAGAUACAUGGCCUGGAUAUGAAGAUGCAGGUCAUUGAAUGUGCCAAGGCCUAA